AAACAUCGACCUCAGUCCAGCUCUGAUUUGUGAUUGUGUAAAAAUACGGGGUUUUAUUGUUGCAUUUGCAAUUUAAUCCGAUAAAUAUCAGGCGUGGAGUUAUGCGCGAGAAGUCGUUGCCAGCGACCAGAGAGCCGAGCGGCCACACGUUUGGCAUUCGUUAUUAAUUAAAUCAGCCGCCAACAGCUGAGCGCGGGAGCGAGAGCGAGAGAGGCAGAGAGUUAACCGAUACAGGCCACUUCCACUUCCAACCGAAUCGGAGCAGCGCCGUCGGCAGAGGCAGCGCAGUCAGCAGAGGCUUGGUAAUUAAAAGAUUCCCCUGCCGAUUCGGCAGCCGGCAAGAUUUCACUGGAUCUAAUGGCCAAGGACGAGGAGGAUGACCUGCUGCCCGACAAGGAUGCGGCCAAGGGCUUCUAUGCCAAGUACGAGCCCAAGGAGAUUCUGGGCAGGGGCAUCAGUUCGACCGUGAGGCGGUGCAUCGAGAAGGAGACGGGCAAGGAGUUCGCCGCCAAGAUCAUCGACCUGGGCGCCACCACAGAGGCGGGCGAGACGAAUCCAUAUCACAUGCUGGAGGCGACCAGACAAGAAAUCUCAAUACUGCGCCAGGUCAUGGGGCAUCCGUACAUAAUUGAUCUGCAGGAUGUGUUCGAGUCAGAUGCAUUUGUUUUCCUCGUAUUCGAGCUGUGUCCCAAGGGCGAGCUCUUCGACUAUCUGACCUCCGUGGUGACGCUCUCCGAGAAGAAGACGCGCACCAUUAUGCGGCAGAUCUUCGAGGGCGUCGAGUACAUACACGCCAAGAACAUUGUCCAUCGCGACCUCAAGCCCGAGAACAUCUUGCUCGACGAGAACCACAACGUGAAGAUCACGGACUUUGGCUUCGCCAGGCAGCUGCAGGAGGGCGAGAAACUUACAGAUCUGUGCGGAACGCCGGGUUACUUGGCGCCGGAAACGCUCAAGUGCAACAUGUUCGAAGGAUCCCCCGGCUAUUCGCAGGAAGUGGACAUAUGGGCCUGUGGCGUGAUUAUGUUCACGCUGCUCGUCGGCUGUCCACCCUUCUGGCACCGCAAACAGAUGGUCAUGCUGCGGAAUAUCAUGGAGGGCAAGUACAGCUUCACCUCGCCCGAGUGGGCUGAUAUUUCAGAGGAUCCCAAGGAUCUGAUACGCAAAUGUCUAGUCGUUGAUCCUGCGCAACGUAUCACCGUCAAGGAAGUAUUAAGACAUCCAUUCUUCAACCAAAUGGUGCUAAUGGGUGACCGCCGGCAUCCGGCCCAUCCGCCCACCUCGGCCGCCCACUCGAGCAGCAGGUUCCUCCUGGGGCCCGAAACCUCCUCGUCGUACCGCUUUGGCGCCGGCUACCUGUACUGUGCGCCGCAGAGCUCCUACUCGUCGAACCGAAUGCGCGACGGGCCGCUGGACGAUGCGGCUGCCUCCUGCCUAGCCAUGUCAUCAUCCACCUCCUCCGCCGCCGCCGCCCUGGCAUCAGCAUCCUCCCACAAAACGCUCACGGCGACGGUCUACUAUCAGCAGCAGCCGCAGAAUCAGAAUCAGCAGCAGUUGCAACAGCAGCAGUUGCAGUUGCAGCAGCAGCAAUCGCAGUAUCAGCAGCAACAGACGACGCAACUGCAGUUGCCAGGUGGCGAUGGCAAGCAAUCGGUGUACACACCUCCUCCAGUGCAGCUGCGCAAACAGAGUCGCUUCAACGCGCGCAAAAAGUUCCAAUUCGCCAUACUAGUGAUACGGGCCGUCAUCCGGAUACGGCGCCUGCGCUUCACCGCCGAGCCGCUGCACGUUGAGGAGGCCAUCCGGGAUCCGUAUCGCGUCAAGGUUCUGCGCAAGGUCAUCGAUGGCUGUGCCUUCCGUGUCUACGGGCACUGGGUCAAGAAGGGCGAGGGCCAGAACCGGGCCGCCCUCUUCGAGAAUACUCCGCGCACCGAGCUGCACGCGCUCUACAUCAACAAUCUCAGCCGAUAGAAGGCGGCCGGGCAACGGGGCGUGGUCGCUGAGUAGCUACACAAGCACACACAACAGAACACACAAGAAAAAAGAGCAAGGAAAGCCCAGGCCACCAACAAACAAACGAAUUAGCAAAAGUUACUAAGAAAGUUACAGGAAACUGCAAUUGCGAUUGCGAUUGCAAGAGGAGAGACACCAAAAAGGAUUCAACCUCAACCGUUCGGCUCGUUGCGGUUCCAAGAACUAGAAAACCUCACCCGCAGGUGUACAUAAAUGCCUAGUUAUAUUACCUCUCUGCCUUUUUCGUCCUUGUGAUUUUGUUUAAAGCCUUUUAUUUGAAUUUAUAUCUAUAUUUUUUUCCGUAUACG